AUGGUAGACGAGCUGGAGACGACACUACUGGAUGAUGAGGUAGAGCCCGUGGAAGACAAUGAACCAGUCGUGCUGGAUGGUGAUGACAGUGCCGAGCUAGCGGACGAGGAGGAAGGCGAAGAAUAUGAGCCAAUUGUGCUAGCCGUCGAGGUGACAUUCGCACUACUCGUAGAUGAGAAGGACGCAGUGCCGCUGCUGGACAACGAAGAAGUUCCGGCACUGCUGAGAGUGCUAUUUACAGAAGCCGAACUUACAGUGCUGCUGAACGACGAGGACGGUCCUGUGCUGGUAGACGAAGAGGUCGUUCCAUUAAUUGUGCUAGAGGAGCUGAUCGUCGCUGGACCAGCCGAGCUUGCACUAUCUGUAGAGCUGGCGCUGCUGCUGGCCGAAGUGAUCGUCGCCAAGCUGCUAACUGAAGAGCUGCCCGAUGAUGUCUCAGACGGCAAGCUGCUAGUCGAUGAAAUGCUGCUGAAAGUUCCAUUGGAGGAUGUAGAGCUGGAUGGAAUGAUGACCGAGCUGGAUGGGGAGGGGCAUGCUGGACCGGUAGUAAAAGUGAUGCCGAACUCCGACUUGCAGGAGCAAGCACUCCUGUAG